AUGAGUGGUAUUUUAAAAAAUAAAGAUGAAAAGCCUCUAGUCAGUAAUGACACUGAAAACUUGGCUGAUUUUAGGAAAAAAGUAUUGGAAAAUACUAGGCUUAAUGCCAAAUUAACAAACGGUUCAUACGAUAACAUUCUACAAAAAGAAGGUGUUGAUUUAAAAACCUUUCAUAGAUCUACCAUUCCAAAAGAUACCGUAUCGUUAAAAAAGGAAAAGGAGAGACAAAAACAAUUACUUAGUGAAAAAAGUAAAGAAGAUAAAGAAAAAGAAGAAGAAGAUUUGAAGUGGAAUAAAAAGAACUUGCAAGAUAAUGAGAUUAUUAAGCAACAAUUCAAAGACGUACAUGUUGAUGAGCCAAAGACUCCGUACCAAGGUGCUAUUGACCCUAAUGGAGAAUAUUAUAAAGUUGAUGAUGAGGAUGAAGUAAAUGGUUCAUUUAGUCUAGGUGAACCAGUAUUACCUCCACAAAGUAGUGAAGCUGGCAAUACAAGAGAAGAAGAAGAAGAAAUAAUAAAAGUUAAUGAAGAUAGCGAUGAAGAAGAGGAUAAGGAGGCCAAGCAUCGUCGAUUUGAGGAGAUGAGGAAAAAGCAUUAUAAUCUUAAAGACGCUUUAAAGAAUAAAUCUUUAGGAGACGAAGAUGAAGACGAAGAAGCGUAA